CUCCCCUUUGCCGAGCCAAGUCACUGCCAAGUCUACAAAGUGGCAGAUAUGGCUUUCAACGUUCUUCGACUUGUCGUCGGCGUCCUCGUGGUUCUUCGGACGGCUUCGGCUGGCCCCGUCUGCGACUGUUCCCAGAAGUCUACAGGAAAGAUUCUGAAGCUCCGGGUUCAUGAGAACUCUGCUGAGUUUGAACAGGCGGUGGAGAUCCAUGCUGAGAAGAACAUGCAGAUCUUUCACGUCCCUCAGCACAACAGAGUCGACAAGUCUGACAUCAUGCACGACUUUAAUCAGCACCUGACGAUGAUCCGCUUUCCUGACAAGAAAGUCUGCUACCUUGCGCCAUUAGCCGAAGGUAGGCCGAUACCCGAAGACGUUGAAAGUGGGUUUCAGCAGGCGAAGACUCUAGUUCCUACGAUGACUGUGGGCACUCCGACCUCUCGCACGUGGAACGUCGUCCGUCCGGCCAUCGACGACCGCAGCUUCCUGACCGAAGACAUGGCGAUGUUCUGUGCCAAGUUCCCCAUCUAUCGCGUGGAGGAGGCAGCGGGUGGACAAGUGACUGUGACUCUUGAAACUGAUGAAGGCAAACCAGAGGAGAAGCCUCCAAACACCACGACAGGAACACCUGGUAUCGCCGCUCAGAAUGACAUGGCCCCGCAAGCACGGCAGGAGUCUGGUGGCUCAAUGUCUUGCGUUCCCGUGACGUGCAUGGGCCCCAUCUGCACACAGUGUCUCAUCCUUGGCGAGUCCUGUGAGUACUACAGUCUGUGCCACAGAGGCACCUGCGAAACCCAGCACGUCAUGGACGCCAUCCAGGAGUGUUGCCCCAUCUGUUGUUCGAGUUAUGGCUAUUACUAAACCAAGGCCCAUCUCAUUUUGCUGCAGAACACCAAAAUGUUGCCGAGCAAGUUGUAAUUUUUGUUUAAAUCAUCACUAAUUAACUAGCCUGCAGGGAUGCCAGACCCCGGCAUGCACAACACAACACUCCCUUCGGCUGGGGAAAGCCACAAGCCCCGAACCUAGAGUUAUAGCACCUCGGGGUCUAAUUUGUUGCUCAGAGUCCAACGAUCUAAGGGGGUGUCUAGGUAAAAUUUUCGGAGCCGAUGAACUAGCCUAUAGAUUACCCAUGUAACCAUCUGGUACUUAGGCUACCAACUCACUGAUUUUGAGAUAUUAUUCAUUCAUUCAAUUUCAAAGUCACUGCCAAUGGCGCUACAGCUUUCUAGCUGACAAUUAAAAUGGUGGUCCUCAUUUCGGCAUUGACAUUCAUUAUAAUUUGACCUGCCAUAGAUCAGAGAAGAACCUGGAUUGUGGUUAUUUCGUCAAUGACUAAAAUUAGAACGUAAUUUAACUUGCCCACCAUGUCAAAUCGCCAAGCUUUAACCGUGCUGAAUUAAAAGC